GGCGCGCUGGUCACGUGGGCCGCGUGUACCCCUAGCUGUCAGACACGCGAGUGGUCGCUGCGGGGCUCGUUCCUUGCGCGUGAGGAUAUACGGAUGAGGGGUGAAAUGUAGCGUUCCCUGCACUCCUCCUUCGUCUUGGCCUCCCGCGUUCGUCUUACUUCACCUUAGUCACUAAUCCUUGUGCUUGAGUUUGAGGUCAUUCUCAUUGCUGUAUGCAAAUCGGACCAAACGUUUGCCCGUUCUCAGCGAUGUCUGUGGCUCUGCGGUUGCUGUACUCUGCAUCCAGACCUGGCACUUUUGCUGCCAGUCCUGGCCUGAUUCGUCCCUUCAGCCUUUCUGUCCAGAGAGAGGGAUACAAAUAUGUCAAUGCUCAGGAGCUGCCCACUGAUAUGAAGUCCAUAACUGACCGGGCUGCCCAGACCCUUCUAUGGACUGAGCUCUUCAGGGGUUUGGGAAUGACUAUGAGCUACCUGUUUCGGGAGCCGGCCACUAUAAACUACCCAUUUGAGAAAGGCCCCCUGUCUCCCCGUUUCCGUGGAGAACACGCCCUGCGCAGAUACCCGUCCGGAGAGGAACGCUGCAUUGCCUGCAAACUGUGUGAGGCUAUUUGCCCUGCCCAGGCAAUCACUAUCGAGGCUGAGUCCCGUGCAGAUGGAAGCCGACGAACCACCCGCUACGACAUCGACAUGACCAAAUGCAUCUAUUGUGGAUUCUGUCAGGAGGCUUGCCCCGUCGACGCCAUCGUGGAGGGUCCAAACUUUGAGUUUUCUACCGAGACUCACGAGGAGCUGCUGUACAACAAGGAGAAACUGCUCAACAAUGGAGACAAGUGGGAGGUGGAAAUUGCUGCCAAUAUACAGGCGGAUUAUCUGUAUAGAUAAGCAGGUGAUGGAAGCGCUGAAACGGGAUGCAAGACCAGUAGGAUCUGUACACUGACUGACCAAAUGACCAACCCACUGCAUGCUUCAAUAUGCUGAGUGACAACAUGACUUGAUUGGCGCAGAGGACAGCAUUGACACACUGACACACCGAGGGAUGGACACAUGGGUACAAAAGCUUGGAAAAUGGACACUAAAAGGACAGGCUAAGAUGAAUGUGCACAGUGCUUUUCAGUCUCCUACACCUAGAGAGCUCGCCUCAGGCUUACUCAGUUGUCAGUGAAUUCAGAAUUGCAGUUUUAGGGGUGUUAAACAGUACUAACAUGUAAUUAGGUGUAUUCACACACAAGCAGACGUGCACCUUGUACUCGGUUGUGUAGUUGAUUGACGUUCUUGUAGACAUUAAAGUUGUGACAAAUAAAUUUGAAUUUCUCUUAAAUCUAUUGGAUGUUAUGCUUUUGUGUAAUCAAGAAGUAAUGUUGCAGAAGUGAUUGCUGAUACUUAUCACAAGGUAAAAUCAACAAGUUUUUAAUUUGAAUUUGAAGUGUUGGGUAUUGGUUCUAUGUUGGUUCUGUUACUGUAAGUGUUCAUUUGUUUUUAGAAUUAUAUACAUUUACUGUAUAUUAAAUUGUAGUCGAACAGAGACGAAA